CCUCAAUAUGUUGCAGAACUAGUUAAACGCGCGGUUAUCUUCAUGGGAUGGAGUUUGUAAAUGUUUCGGAACAUCCACAAGGGAUUCCAGUAAAAUUUCCAGUAAGAUCAGGCCAGAAACUGUCAAAAAGGACAUUGUCUUCCCAAUUUUCUGGAGUUAUAGGCCUCAAAUACUUCAGAGAUGGAUGGCGAGCUGUUGAGUGCGAUCAUGAAGAGGAUUUCAUUAUGCCAAACGGCAUUCAGGAUUUUGUUGUUGUAACUGGACAUGUUGAUAGAACUCGACAAAUACUGAGCAACACAUCGCUUGCCACACAAGUGACUAGCACGUUUAGAAAUCGAUGUGCAUUCCCAUCAACAGUUACGUAUAGCUCACGGUCACCACCCUUCAAGAGAAUCCCAAAGAAGAAACACGAGAAAGAGAAAGCUGCAGGGAAACAGUUGUCAAAGACAUACAAAGUUUUGUUUUUAAAAAGAAUGCAUUUACCCACAAAUUUCAGGAAGGAAAACAUUUUAGAAGAAGGAAUCAAAAAAAUAUGUCAAAAUGAUGAUGAUACUCUGAUACUUAGUAACUUGAAAGCCUUGUUAGGGACGGGGAUAUAUGUUUCAGAAAGUACCAAACUAGAAAUACUGUCAUAUGCAUCUAAGAGGCUAUCCAUUCCCCAUGUAGCCCCUGGAUUUUCUUGGAAUGGAGAGGAAAUAAAGGCCAAUGUGGGCCAAGGGAAAUUGUAUGUGAUGGUAUCGAGCAAUGAGGAAACGUUAAGCGACUCAUCAAGCACAGACAGUUUACCAGAUCUUGAUCUGGGGGGUUCAAGAAAAGAGUUUAUUUGAUACCAUAAAGAAUCAGCAGAUAGGUAAAGUAUGAGCUUUGCUAUGUGUCUAGUAAUGUAGCUUUUAAUAGCACUAUAU